AAUAUGUAAUAAGCCGGCCCCUGGCUGAGAGAACCAGGAAGCGGCUGCGGCCCAGGCGCCUCCCGCGGGACACGGAUCGGGGGAGAUACCGGACACAGGACAGGGCCGCACUGAGCUCAGGAGCUGCAGAGAUGAAACGCUUCCUACGUUCUGGUCAGGACUCUGUGAGGGAGAGACUCAAACGGGACUUGUUUCAAUUCAACAAGACUGUGGAACAUGGAUUUCCCCACCAGCCUAGUGCCUUGGGAUUCAGUGACUCUCUACGGCUCAUGGCAAUCGGAACACGCUCGGGAGCCAUCAAGGUUUAUGGUUGUCCUGGAGUGGAAUUUAUGGGCUUGCAUGAUGAGAAUAAUGCAGUGAUCAAGAUCAGCUUUAUUCCCAACCAGUGCCAAAUUGUCACCUUGCUGGAUGACAACAGCCUCCACUUAUGGUCCUUAAAGCAGCAUGAUGGACUCUCUGAGCUGCAUGAGGAAAAGAAGUUUACCCUUCGUGGACCCCCAGGGGCACCUCCUAGUGUAACACAAAUUAAGGUUCUGCUAACACACUCCUCUGGGGAAAGACUAUAUGUGGGUACAGAGGGAGGCAGUGUUUUCACCAUCUCUUUACCAAACUUGCAAGUAGUAGCAGAAAAGACUGUUUCACAUGAUGUGGCAUUGCAAGAUCUUCCAGAUGAUUAUGCAAACAGACGUCCCUUUGAGUCAGUGGAAGCCUUAGAGGAGCACCCGCGGAACCCAAAUCAGAUCCUGAUUGGCUACAGUCGUGGCCUUAUGAUGGCAUGGGAUACCUCAACUGGUUGCAGUGUGCGGCAUUUUCUCGGCACACAGCAACUGGAAAAUGUGUUCUGGUGUCGAGAUGCACAGCAAAUAAUAAGCUGUCAUAAUGAUGGAGGAUACAACCAGUGGGAUGCAACUGGGGAAUGUGUCCAACAGUCUCCUAUGGAGAGCAAAGUGCCAUAUGGUCCCUUUCGCUGCAAGGCAAUUGGUAAAAUAACAUGGAUGACCACACGUAGGGGGUCACCAUAUAUUGUGUUCCAAGGAGGUAUGCCAAUGGCAAGCUAUGGGGACAGGCAUAGCAUCUCGGUUGUUCAUGGCAGUCAGCAAAUAGCAUUUGACUUCACUUCUAGGAUCAUUGACCAUUUGGUAAUUGCCAACCCUGACCCUUCAGCUGAAUGUGAUGAUCCUCGUGCACUUCUGGUGCUUGCAGAGGAGGAACUGGUGGCCAUUGAUCUACAGACACCUGGCUGGCCGGUAAUACAGUGCCCUUACCUUGUGUCACUACACUGUUCAGCAAUCACCUGUUCCCAUCACAUCUCUUCUAUUCCACUAAAACUAUGGGAGAGGAUAAUCGGUGCAGGCAGGAAACAGAACACUCAUUACUCUACCAUGCCAUGGCCAAUUGAUGGAGGCGUGGAUUUAGCCCCAGCUCCACCUCAAAGGGAUUUGCUGCUAACAGGGCAUGAGGAUGGUACUGUGCGUUUCUGGGACGCCUCCGGUGUUUGUCUCCAGCUAUUGUACAAGAUGAGUACAGUGGGAGUUUUUCAGACUGACUCCGACCCUAACGACAACCUGAAUUCCCAUGGGGAGGAAGAAUGGCCCCCACUUAGGAAAGUAUCUUCUCUUUUUGGCCCUUCACAGGUUGGCUGUUUUGACCCAUACAGCGAUGAUCCUCGUCUUGGCAUUCAGAAAAUUUACAUGUGUAAAUUCAGUGGCUACUUAUCAGUUGCUGGAACUGCUGGACAGGUUCUUGUUCUGGAGCUAAAUGAUGAGGCUGCACAGCAAGUGGUGGAUCAGACAGUGGUGGACUUGUUACAAGAACAGGAAGGUUAUCGUUGGAAAGGGCAUGAGCGCCUUCAUGCAAGAGAAGACCCAGUGCGCUUUCCUCCUGGAUUUCAACCCUUCUCACUGGUACAGUGCCAGCCACCAGCAGCUGUCACAUCUUUAACACUGCAUUCUGAAUGGAGGCUGUUGGCUUUCGGGACGAGUCAUGGGUUUGGUGUGUACGAUUUUCAGCAGCGCCGUCAAGUAAUGGUAAAGUGUACGCUGCAUGCCAGUGACCAGUUAGCCCUAGAAGGUCCUUUGUCCCGAGUCAAGUCACUGAAAAAGUCUUUGCGCCAAUCCUUCAGGCGUAUAAGAAGAAGUCAAGUCAAUAAACGAAGGGAAGGAACAGCGACCAAAGUGCAGGAAGCAAAUACACGGUUUGAACAGGAAGCGUUGCGUGAGAUGGAACUGGCUCCUGUACAGCGUAGAAUUGAAGCCCGAACCGCAGAGGAUUCCUUCACUGGAUUUGUUCGCACUCUAUAUUUUGCAGAUACCUUCAUCCGUGACAGUUCUCGGCAUUGUCCUUCUUUAUGGGCAGGUACAAAUGGUGGUACGGUUUAUGCGUUUUCUUUACGUGUCCCUCCAGUUGAGCGACGAAUGGAGGAGGUAGUGUCUGCAGCUCAGGCCAAGGAAAUUCAGCUCAUGCACAGAGCACCAGUGGUGGGCAUCCUCAUCCUGGAUGGUCACAGCGUUCCCCUACCAGAACCUCUUGAAGCUGCUCAUGAUCUCUCAAAAAGCCCAGACAUGCAAGGAAGCCAUCAAUUGCUGGUCAUAUCUGAGGAACAGCUCAAGGUGUUCACCCUGCCCAAAGUGAGCAGCAAACUCAAGCUGAAACUGACAGCAACAGAAGGAUGUCGGGUGCGCAAGUCAUCAGUGUGCAAUUUUGGCAGCUGUCGAUCAGAAGAUCACAAUGAAAACCAUUUGACUGUCCUCACAAAUCUAGGAGAUAUCCAGGUGAUAUCCCUGCCACAUCUUAAACCACAAGUGCGAUAUGAUUGCAUCAGGAAGGAAGAUGUCAGUGGUAUUGCAUCCUGUGUAUUUACAAAGUAUGGACAAGGUUUUUAUCUUAUAUCUCCUUCUGAAAUGGAGAGAUUUUCACUGUCUACAUGCUGGCUCAUUGCUCCUCGCUGCAAGGUGGACCCUCCGGAGACCCCGUGUAAUGGAAGGCUUCAAAGAGGCAGCAGUACAGAGAAAACCAGGGUAUCUGGAAGGGGAGAUGGAAAUGCGGAUGCACACAGGGCCAAAGGACCACUGAUGGAACAUGCAUUGCUGAAUGAUGAGAAGACUCUCAAAGAGAUCCAGAGUACUCUGGAAGGUUCAAGAACAAGUUUUGGUGAGAGAAACUCCCGACACAUCACUGUAGGAAGCCGUCUCAGUAAUGGAGCAGAAUGAGAUGCCAACACUGACUGCUGAUACUGACAUUAUCCCCCAUCCCCCCUCCAUUGUCAAAACACUAAUCUGAAGUCAGCGGAGAUGGAAGACCUAUUCAUUUUUCUCCAGACUUUUGAAAUCUUUGCGGCCAUAUGAUGUCCAUUCUGCACAUGUUCAUUUUAGCUGAUUUUACAGGAAAUCAUUUUAUAAGUUAUAAAUUUUACUGCCUUACUCCCCAUCCUGUACAGUUUGUGUGUAGAAAUGGAAAAUGGCCAAACUGUUUUUUUAUAAUGUUUUUUUUUUAAGGUAUUUUCAGCUGCUUGAAUUAUUUUAGGAGUACUGUUUUUAUACUGUAAAAUGUGGUGUAAAUCACCCUAAUGGGUGCUUUAAAUUUAUUGGGUUAUUGUGCUUUCCAGUGAUCUUGCUGCCAUGCAAUCUAUUUUUGUAGGAAGUAAUUAUUUUGUUUGUCUUGCACACCAAUAAAUUAUACAUUCCAGCUA